GUCCUUCAAUAAAUCCAAAAUAAAGAAGCAGAGGCUCAGCACUCAAAUGGUAAGGUACCAUGAGGGAACAAACCUCAUCCUCCUUUCAAGUAGUUCUGCCUUUAUCCAAUACUCUGAAAUACAGCCUUUUGGUCUUAGCAGUCGCUUUAUUCUUGAUUGCAUUGCUUAUUUUAAUUUGGAAACUACACCAAUAUUACAAAUAUAAUACAGCAGUGAAAGUUAAAGAAACCAGGUACCUGAGUGAACGAUAUAAUGAAAAGAAACCUUGUGGUACUAUUCUUGUGAAAAGUCUAGCUCCAAGUUUCCUAGAUAUAGCAAGGAAAGAACAAGAUUCAAAGAUCCAAUUAAUGCAGAAAGAAAUGGAGAGACUUGAAGAGCAUCUAACUCCUUCACCCCCUAGAACAGAGAGUUUGGAUGAUGUGAUCAGCGAGUCUGACCCUCUGCAUGGGUCAAAAGGGAAACUAAAAUUUUCUCUCCUUUACGAUAAAAAGAAGGCAAUUAUAUAUAUCAACGUUAUUGAAGCUGUCGAACUGCCAGUGCAUAGCAGGGACCCGUUUGUGAAGAUUAAAGUGUUAUGCAGUGUUGAUAAACCAAAAUCUGAACUUCAUUCCAUUCUUCAUGAAUGGGAAACCAGAGUGGGGAGGAAUAACAGAGAUCCGGUGUUUAAUGAUGAAUUCUCUUGCUCUUUAAAGGAGUACCAUCUGCACAAUAUUAGUCUCAAAUUUGAGGUAAAAAAAUUUGAUAAGUACUCCCGACACAGCCUUAUAGGUGAAACGAGGAUGGCACUCAAAGAUUUGAAGGCUUCUGAAACACUUGCAUUCUGUGAAGAACUCCAUGGAAAAACAAAGGAUGCAAUUGGAGAAGUCCUUGUUUCGCUUAAAUGUCUACCAACAUCCCAAAAGAUUGAGGUUGGAGUUUUGAAGUUUAAGACAGCUUCACAGACUGUCAUCCAGGACAGUGAUGUUUAUGCAAGAAUAGAUGUCUUCAGCGACCAACACAAGCAAAAGCAUCAGAAAUCUAGUUUACGGGCAAAAUCCAAAGUGACUGUAUUCAAUGAGACAUUUCUUUUUAGCCUGCCAGAUCCUAUGAAAACUCACUGUCUGAUCCUUAUUUCACUCUAUGAGUCAUUUGCCAAUGGGAAGAAGCUUAUUGGACAGGCAUCGCUACGAAACCAGAAGACCAAGUCAAAUUAUGGUCACUGGGAACUUAUGAUGGAAUCAUUAAGGCAACCAGUGGCUAUGUGGCAUCCACUUUUUAUUUAAUGAGAUGAGACAGCAGGCUAAAACAAAAAGUGAUACUGCUUUGUUCAUACUGUUUUGGCUUACAUAUACUCGCAAAGUUCAGACAUUGAUUUUGACCUACUUUGUCUCUUUGUGUGGAUGGGCUCUGUUAUAUAACUUAACAAUUUUGCAAAUAUGGUGCAUUACUAACUUUGAUAUAUUAUUAACUUCUUAAUACUGUGUGACAUAUGUCACUAUUUAUUGAAGGAAUAUGUAUUUCUCUGUAGAAAGUGUAUUUCUAAGAAAGUGUAUUUCUCCAUAAAUCAGAUAGUUUACAAGAUUAUCACUAGAAAACACUUUGGUGUCCUUUGGUAAAAUGGUAAGAAAUAACUAAGCUUAAUGCUUCACAAUGUUUGAAAUAUGUGUAGAAUUCAAUUGCAGCUCUAUGCAUUUUCUUCACCAGUUCCAGUGUUUCCAACAUGGAUAUAACAACACAUACUAUCAGUGGAAUAAGAAAAUGCUGUCAGGAACAUGGCAUUAACCUUAAUAAACAAGAAUUAGAAAUA